UUCCCUCCCGACUCCUCCUGACUCUCCUGACUAGUAACAUACCCUCACUCUAGCCAACCUACCACAAAAUGCUUCCUCUACCAUUUCGCACGAUGGCGACUAUUGCCAGGAGCUCGCUUAAGGUUGGACUUAUUCCUGCCGAUGGCAUAGGCAGAGAAGUGAUCCCAACAGCGAAAAUCGCAAUUGAAGCUGUUGGAAGUGAUAUACCUCCUCCACAAUUUGUAAAUCUUCUGGCCGGUUUUGAACUAUUCACUCGAACCGGUGAAGCUCUUCCGGAAGAAACAGUCGAUGCACUGAAGAAUGAAUGCGACUGUGCUCUUUUUGGCUCUGUCAGCUCUCCGUCGAGAAAGGUGGUGGGAUAUUCUUCGCCUAUCGUAGCGCUAAGAAAGAAGCUGGAUCUCUACGCGAACGUCAGACCAGUAUUCACCGUCUCUGCCGCACCAGAGGAGCCUGCAAAGGUCGAUAUGGUCGUUGUCAGAGAAAAUACGGAAUGUUUGUACAUCAAACAAGAGGAACAAACUAUGUCAGAGAGGGGAAAGGAGGCGCGAGCAACGCGGCUGAUAACAGAAUAUGCUUCGUCACGGAUAGGCCGCAUGGCAUUUGAACUUGCGCUUCAACGCCCCCGCAAGAACCUCACCAUCAUCCACAAAUCGAAUGUUCUUUCUAUUACGGAUGGUCUAUUUCGCGAAAGUGUUCGAGCCCUUCAUACGAAAGAGCCGAGGUAUCAAGAAGUCACUGUUACUGAGCAGCUUGUGGAUAGUGCCGUAUAUCGGUUUGUUUUUCCGAACUUUUCUUUCUUAUAACCGGAUUUUGAGGUAAUUUCCUCAAGACUUUUCCGCGAGCCAGAGUGCGUACUUAAUGUAAGUUGAAACAAACAAACUCACGGGAAGAACCAUGCACUCUAGAAUUUAUGAUGUAAUGGUUGCGCCUAACCUGUACGGCGACAUAUUAUCCGAUGCUGCCGCUGCUCUCGUUGGUUCAUUGGGAGUCGUGCCAUCUGUCAAUGCGGGAGACGACUUCAUCAUGGGUGAACCUGUGCACGGAUCUGCGCCAGACAUUGUUGGACAAGAUAUCGCAAAUCCCAUUGCUUCGAUCCGUUCCGCGGCCUUGAUGUUGCGACACUUGGGAUACAGCAAAGGAGCUGACCGCAUCGACUCUGCUGUGGAUUCUGUGGUCAGGGAGGGCACAACACUCACACCAGACCUUGGCGGAAAGGCUAAAACCAGUGAGGUCGUCGAUGCUAUCGUCAAGCGAAUUUGAGGGAAAGUGCAGGAUUUCAAUCCAGAUACUUAUCUAAAUACUUCGUUUCAGUAGAGUAGAUUUGUGUGUUGUCAGAAUCAGGACUUGUUAUAAUGUGACCCCAUA